UUUUUUAGUUGAAGUCGUCGACAUUACACAAAAGUUUUAAAAAGUUUUUGCCGUGCUAAAGUUACUUUGAAAACUGUAAGGGUAUUUCUAAAACGAUUUUAGGUGUAAAUAUAAAACGUCGGCAGUUAACUAUAUAAUGUAUAAAAACUAAAGUCGUGAGUGUUGUUUUAUAAUUUACAGUAUAUUGUUUUGUGUAGGUGGCUGUGUUGGUCGGUUCGUUCUAAUGUGAAAGUGUAUUUUCGCAUAAAAUUUAGAUCCCAUUGUUCCAAACUUUCCGGAUGACAAUAAAGAUAAUGUUGUACGUGUGCCUUGUGUAAAAUAUUCGCCUGGAGGCGUUAUGUAUUGUACUCGCUGAAGUUUUUAAAUAGUUCAAAGUUGAGACAGAGAAAUGAAUGUUCAGUCACAAGAGAAUGUCCGGCUUAUAUCAUCAGACGAGGGCGACGGCAGCUCGGACAGUCGGUCCGACAGCAGUGAGGACGAAGUUACGGAGCACGUGACGGCCACACCACCACCCAACAUGGCCGCUGCAAGGGCGCAGGUACCCACUAUAAGUGUAACACCGCACAGCCCCGGCGUGUUAGAUGACAGUCUUCAGCAGCUGCGGAGGCUGCAUGCGGCUGUUCAGCGUAUGAGGGCUGCCCCACUGCCCUUGCUGGCAAUAGGGACAAGUCGUUUGAGUACAUCGUGUCCCUCGUUGUGUAAAGAUGGGGUGGUGGAGACUGAAUGCUCAUCGCCAACCCAUUUGGACUUUUAUCCGCAGAGUAGGAAGGGUAGCGGUGAGUCUCGUCAAUGGAUGUCAUGGGAGAGACGGGAUGAAGGCAGACGAAGCUCAUGGGCGGCACUGGAACCCGCGCCACCUCAGCAUGACACGCAGAGACAUAGAGGUGCGUUAAAUGGUCACAGUGCCUCCUUAUCAUCAAUGGAAUCUGAAGGUGACGCACCACGACCUGUAAGACAUUCCACUCAUUCACUCAAUGACAAUGAUCUCGCUAAGGAAUUCGAAAAAGUAACGGCAGCUCUCCGGGGGGCUAGUACCGCGGUCCCAAGUAGUGGAAGCUCGAGGCUACUUGCGAGACUACCAUUGCAGAAGAGCGUCUCAACACCCAGCAUCGUUGCAGCGGUGCAACCACCGCAGCCGCCACCGCCAGUUAAUAUCCUAUCAGCCGGUGGUGCGAGCGAGACAGAAAGCGACGAAGACGCUUCAGCCGCCACUGUAGGCGCGACACAACUAACUGGUCGGAGGAAUAAUUCGCAUCAGGAGCAUUUGGGGUUACAUCGGCUGGCGUUUUUAGAACAAGCUUCCUAUGAUCAUCAUGCUGAAAAGCGACGGAAACGUGGCAGCUUAUUCUUUAGAAAGAAAAAGGACAAAUCUCGCAAAGCAGCGCACGUGUGGCAAGCGGCGGUGGCAGGUGGACACUGUGAUUGGUGUCAGCGAGAGUUGUCUGAUAAACCGGCACUUUACUGCGAAAAUUGUACCAUGACUGUGCAUCAAAAUGUAUGCAAGGACUACAUUGUUGAGUGCAAUAAACCAAAAUCAUCAAAGACAACAGUCGGAAAAUCCCUAAGUGCUAGCAGUGGCAAGAGCAGCAAACGAAGCUCUGUCUCCGGCCAAUCCCAGAAUUCGAAUAGCACGAGUAUAUACAAUGAUGAGAAGGACGGCUCUGAUCAUAAACACGAUCAAAGCAAUGCGUCAGACGAUGGCGUGAUGGAAUGGCCUGAAGUAUACAUAACUUCUGACCAACUUGGUGAAGAGGCGAUUGUGCUGGGGCUAGGUGCUGCGGAGCCCGAGACCUGGGCAGCUGGUGCACCGAAGGGCCUGGCUAAGAGUAUCGGUGAAAGAGAAACCAAACGCCAGGAACACAUCUACGAGUUGAUUUUGACGGAGAAGCAUCACUGUCUCACAAUACGACUUAUGCAAAAGAUGUUCGUAGAAGGCAUGACGCGCCUCACAGGUAUAACGGACGCCCAAGUGAGCCGAAUGUUCCCACGCCUUGACGAGCUAUGGUACAUACAUGCGGCGCUCCUGUCCCGCCUGAGAGCAAGACAGCGGACGGCGCCGCGUGUCAACACUAUAGCGGAUAUUUUGGCGGACGCGUUCGCCUCACCUGAUCAUCAUACAUUGAAAGCGGCUUAUGGCGAGUUUUGUUCGCGACAUCGAGACGCUGUUGAAGUAUUUAAAGAAUGCUGCGCCCGUGAGCCAAAACUCGCGAGGUUCAUUAGAAAGUGCCAACAAAACCCUUUACUCAGGAAGAAGGGUGUUCCAGAAUGUGUGUUGUUCGUAGCACAAAGACUGACGAAGUACCCUCUACUGUUAGAACCCUUAUUGAAGACGGCUGGAGACGAUCUCACUGAACGCGAGUUACUGCAGAAGGCUCUAUGUGGUGUUAAGGAAAUAUUAGUCGACGUGGACAAUCAAGUGGCUGCCAAAGAACGUGAGGAUAGAAAACUCGAGAUUUAUCACAGGAUUGACGCUAAAUCUUUUGCGAACUUUCGUGGCAGAAAGUUCAAGAAGAGUGAUAUUCUUCAAGGGAAUAGAAGUCUUAAGUUUGAAGGUGUAGCUACAUUAAUGCAAGGCAGAAGCAAAAUGCAGACCUUGAUGGUGAUUGUUCUGACGGAUGUGCUGUUUUUUCUUCAAGACAAUAAUAAUAAAUAUACGUUCUUCACACCAGAUAAUAAAACGGGCGUAGUAUCUCUAUGCAAAGUAUUAGUACGGGAAAAGGCGGGUGCAGAUGGGCGUGGCCUUUACAUAAUCUGCAGUGGGCCAUCCGACCCUGAAAUGUUCGAGUUGAGAGUCCACAGGCCGAAGGAUAUAGCCAAUUGGAUACAUGCUAUUAGGGCGGCAGUGCAAAGCUGCCCUGAAGAAGUAGAAGAGAGUGAGACAGGCCCUCAUGUGCCCUCGGCAGAGGAGAAGCAACGCCUGCUAGAAGCUAGACACGAGAAUAUAAGACUGAUUACUGAGGCACUUCGAUCAAAGGAUAAAGAGCACGCCGUACUUUUGGAAGAAAAAAUGGCUUUACAUAUGAAAAUGUUUGGGCAUACGGGCGCCUCGACAUUGGAAUUACCAAAUACUGAUCUUACUACAGGUGUAACUACAGUCUUUCCCGGAGGGUUGGUCUUUCCCGAUUACGUAAGAGUGGCCGCACCCACGCCUGAUACUCAUGCGCUGUGGCAAGAAGUCUGCAAAGUUGUGAAGGAUGCACUCGAAGUAUGCAACGCGUACAGUACGUACACUAGUCACAAUACAGGGGGAGUUGCGGUGGGCCGAAGCACGAGUUCCGCGGGAGAAAAGCACUCAUUGGCUUACGAGAGCCCCGCCUUACCUCGACGAGCUGAUACUUUCGCUGGUUUCGAUGCUAAUAAACAUCGAGCUCAAGGCGUAACUCCCCGCAUGUCAACAGACACGCCGACGGAGGUGGAGAGCGCGGAAAGUCGGGAGGCGGAGGUUAGCGGACGGGAGGCGGCUCUGAAGCUCCAACACGCGAUAUACACGCUCACUUGUAUCGUGUGGCAGCAACUCACUACUAUACAUAGUUUGGAGGCUCAAGUGUGCGCGUGGCGUUCUUCCGGCGGAAAUGCGGCCCGAACGCACGAUGCGCAAUUAGAGGAGCUACGACACGCGCAGUCGCGAUUGACGGCCGACAGAGCCGCUUGGGAGGCGCAACGUACCGCCGAUAGGGAUGCGCUUGCGACUGAAAAACGUCAGCUGCAAGCGAUGAGAGAGCAGUUGGAGGAGCAACAAAAGGACGUGGAGCAACAACGAGAGAGGCUUUAUAGGAGGCUCGAGAGGCUGCAACAACAUGGUGGAUCGCAAGAAGAAAUAGCAAGUGUGGGUACUCUUUCUCCCGACUCGAGCGUCAGUGAUACUCACCGACGGAAGGAACCAAAGUGGCGUAAUAACCGCGGCUCGACGGGUUCCGAAUCGGGCGCAAGUGUUUGCAGCAGUCGGGGACCGCCAUUGCCGCCGCCGCAACUGCUGUCGGCUCAGAAUGAGACCAGAGCUAUCGUCAGGGCACCCGUGCAGCAAAUGGUGAAGCAGCAGUUACCGCUGAAGUUAGCGAGUGGCAAAUCCCAAAUGCCACCGCCGGGUUACCACAGACUACAUGAAUCGCCCAGCGAUCACCACCAAGGCGUAGUUAUUCAUCACACCCGCACUGGCAGCUCUCCUGCGCAGAUGCCAUCGCAGCAGCCAGCUACUAAUAAAGCCACCAGAACAAACACGUACCCGAAAUUACCAGACAAAUUUCGAGUACGAUCUCCCGAUUCAAACCCGCUACCACCGCCACCAGCGCCUAACCCACCUGAAGAAGAAGUGAUAUACUUCUGACAGUCAGGACUUUCGAAAACUCCUCCGGAUUCCUGAGGCUGCCGAUUGUCCUAAACCCGAUUCGAAGGACCAAAGUGGUAAUGUGUCAUAAUUAUUAAAAUUAUUUUACUGUUUUUAUAUAUUGUAUAUAAAGGUUCGAUUACCUAUUUCGCUUACCCCGAAAUCCAAACUUAUCCUUAGUACGUUAGCAGAAACUCAACUUUUUAAGUUUUAAAAUUUAUAUGAAUAAAAAGUUUGAAAAUAUAACUUUUCGGCAAUGCACUCGCGAGCCCCAGAGUGUUCGCACAGGCAUUGAGUGUCCAUGGCCAUUAGCAUCACUAAGCCCCCUGCCCGUUUGCCCCCUGAUCUUUUUAAAAAUGUCCGAAUAAUCGAAUCUUUAUUCACUAUUGUCAAGCGCAGCUUUGUAAUAUUAUUAAGACUAAUUUUAAUAUAAUUUAGUCUUCAACAAUUUGUGUAUUUCUUCGGCAAACUAAUUAUUUCUGUAGCGAACUCUAUUUUAAGCCUUGCACCUUCAGAUUGAUUUGUUAAGAAGGGUUUAGGAUAACUCUAGGUUUAGAAUAUCGUGUAAAAUUAUUGUUAUAAGGAUUCUACUGACAAUCAUUGGAUAUGUUGCAUGACAGAAAUGUUUGUUACUCUAAUAAUAAAUGAUGAUUGAUAAGCCUUUUAGAAUCAGUUAUAAUUUACAUACCUGAUUAUUAUAGAAGGCAGCAAAUAAUCUAUUACAUUCCUUUUAUUUGAUCUCUAUUAGUAUUCUAUUUAUUUUAUGAUGCGAUGGCAACUUUUCUGUAGUUUUUUACUAUCCGUUGAUAAGGUUUUUGCCGUUUUAAAUUACGAACUUUGGGUUGCCAGUUUAAAGAUAGUUACAUUUUUAUUAUAGUUAUUGGCAAAAUCGUAGUUAAUACAGGAUAAAUACAUUUAAGUCUAAAGGAUAUGUUUUUGAAUUAUUGUUUCGAUUCAGGGGAUGAAUAUUAUGAAAAAAAUUAAUUAACUAUCAACCUUUACUUUUUUUAAACUACUUUUUUGCGUGCGGAUACAAUACAAACAUGUUUUAAACAUUUACCACCACGGUAGAAAUUAUUUACUUUGAUAAAUCGAGAGUACUAAAGUACAAAGUAAAUACUUAAAGUUCUGGAUACCACGAUCCAAAGAAAUUUAUAAAAAUUGCGCGUACCACUGAAAGGCAUGUUUCUAACUACGUCUUCUUUUCACUAAUGAAAUGUUGAGGUAAUGUUGUUACUAAAAAUGUAUUCUACAAUAUGCCAAUAAAGCUAAUCAAGGUUUAUGGGCUUUAUAAUACAAGAAUUUUAAUUCAGUUGAAGCAUUCAAAAUGGCGUUUUUAUUAAAACGCGUUUAAAACGAUAAGAAACAUGUGUUGUUAGCAUGGCUCAACUGUGCGAGGCAUAUAUAUAUAUAUAUAAAUAAACACGUUAAUAUUAUCCGCUAUGAGGCUGAUAGGGCCCGGUGUGAAAAAGUAGUGAUUGACUUAGGUAGCUAUUAGAAUUGUUACAGUGCGUUUUGUAAAUACAUAGUUGUUGACUACGGUUUUGAUGUAGGAUUGAAAUUACGCCCCAUACUUAAGAUGUAGUGAAUUUAAUCGUUUUAAUUAUUGUCGUUCGUUAAAUAUUAAUGGGGCAAAUCCGAAUUACUAUUCUUGAGGUACAAAUCAACCUUUUGUUUCAUAUCAUGUAAAAUUUUACUAAUAGAAGUUGCUAUCUCUUACAUGUUAACCACAUUUAUACGAUACUGUGUUGUUGAAGUUGUGGAAAUAUUACCGUAGCAUGUUUGGUGAUUAUAUCCGGAAAUCUUGAUUGUUAUAUAUUAUAGUGUAUGGAACUAGUAGGACAAUAUAUAUUUUUCCAAAUAACAGUAAUAUAAACAUUAUUUACAUAUAUUUAUUAGAGAAAUUUCAAACUGUCUAUAUUUACUAACAUAAUAUUAUACACGCAAUUGUAUUUGUGGUUUUAACGAAAUUUUUGUUGACAAAUUAUGAAUGCAAUUUACCUAUCUUCUAUUUUUAAACGCAAAAUCAAUUUUAUUACUUAAAGUAUUUUAAUGGAAUUACUACUAUAGAUACAUAAACAUUAAAUCGUGUUAAAUUGUAAAUAACGUUAAAUUAUAAAAUCAAAUGUUAUUGACGUCUAAAAUAAUUAUUGAGAUUGGCAAUUGCAUGUGUAAUUGCCGAUGGGCCGGAAUAAAGAAGGACCAGAAAAGUGUGCCCUUGACGUAAAAUUGUAUAGGAGACAUACAAUUGCUAGUCUUACGCAUUUAUUAUAUCUUGUGUGCAUAAAAUUGAAAUCAAUGCAUUGUUCUCCACAAGUUCUCCAAUUGAAAGUGUGGUUUCCAUACUUUCAUACCAAUCCUAUAAUCCAAAAUAUUUUUAAAUAUCUAGAAAAAGAAAUCGGUUAUAUGCACACAAAAUGCGCUCACUUAGUAUAUGAUUGUUACUUACAUGACUAUGUAACUAUUUUUCGUGCAUUUACUGUAAUCCUUACUAUUUAGUCUUUUGAUGAGGUGAUAUUUUAAACUAUUGACUCACUUUGUAUAUAUGAAUGUUGAAGUUUGAAUAUUAGAUAUAUUUUAAAUAAUAUUCACCUAUUUUAAAGCAAUUACGAGGUUUAUAUAUCGUGUCUUAUCCUAAAAUCAUCCUAAUAAAGACUUCUAAACUCUUGGUUAUUUAAGUGAUUAACUAUAAUCACAAUAUUUCCACCCAGGAUCAUUAAAAUGUUAGUGGCAGUGUUUAUAUUUUCAUACGUUUUAACUAAUAAUCCGUAAAAACGCAUUUUACAAUGAAUGAUAUUGUAGCUGUUGGUUGAAACAUUAUUGCUCAAAUGCAGCCCUGAGAUAUUGAUCAAUUAGUUUUUUGGCAGCACGUAAAAGUUUAAUUACACGAUAUUAAAGUCACAAUCUCCUAUUCAUGGUCGAUAAUGUUAAAAUGAUUACAUGACAAUAAAUAAAAUAUAAAUUUACCGAUUUAAUAUCGGAAUCUAUUAAAUAAAUAUUUUGACGAUAUAAUUAUUAUAUUAAAAGCAAUUCUAUUCUAUAUGGCAAUACAAUUUAGUAUAUCAUGCAUUUAUUGUUUUAAACUUUAGGCAUAAUAUUGAAUUUUAAUGUAAGAAAAUAAAAAUGUUCUUAGUAAUUUAUGAAACACUAGUUUAGUAGUACUUUUUCAAGUUAUUUCUUAAAAGUAUAAUACAUCAAUUGCAUUCCUUAAAAUAAGGUUUCAUCACUGUCUUUUAUAUGUUAUCUGCAAUGGAAGGGACAGCAAUAUAAUAAAACACAGUUUACUUUCUUACUAAAAAUAUGUUAACUUCGCGUUUAUGACAUUUGCAUACAUUUUCUUUUCGAGACUUGUAAUACAGUACAAAAUGGCGUUUUUAAUUAGAAUUCUAUAAUUUCAUUUAUCAUGUUAAGUAUUUAGUUUAAUUUAUGAAUUAAGAAAAUAGUCAAAUAACUUUCUUCACGAAUAUCACAGUAUUUUUUUGUCACUGAGUUAGAUUUUUAGGAUAAUUUUAACAUCUGCUAUAUUGCGUAACAAGUACGCUCAUAGUGAACUUAAGUGAGACAUUACUUAGUAUAAGUUUUGUGGCAAUAUUUAGUGGAUAUAAUAUAAGCUUUAAUGAAUAGUUUCGAUUCUACUGUCUAUUCCCUCCAAAAUUUAUUUAUCUGUGGCAAUGACAAUACUGUCAUGUAUUGCUCAAAAUUGCUCACACUGUUCUUUAGCAAUUGAUAUUACUUACAAUUUGUAUAAAAUAUUAUUUGUAAAACUAUCCAAUUUAUGUUGAUCUGUCUGGGCGUCGCCCACAUUUAAUUAGAAUAGAUGAAUGAAAUAAACAUACUUAGAAUUA